UCAGAAACACAGGAAGAAGAAGAAGAAGAAGCGGCGCGCGCUCACGCUGUCCUCCUGCUGGCUAACGACCGCUCGCUCGUGGAUCAAUGGCCGCGUCUAAGCCAGUCGAGCCGCAGUGCGCGGCCGGGCUCCCCCGCUGGCAGCUGGCCCUGUUGGUCGGGGCCCCGCUCGCGCUGGGGGCCGGGGCCCUGUACCUGUGGAGCCGCCGCCGGGCCGACAAGGACUCCGGCAAGCGGCCCGGGGAGCGGACGACGCCGGAAGGCAGCGCGAGCCCGGCGCAGGGCCCCGACGCCGCGGAGGCGCUGCGGCGCGAGCUGGAGAGCAUGAGCCCGUUGGACCGAGCCCAAGCAGCCAAGAACAAGGGCAACAAAUACUUCAAGGCCGGCAAGUACGAGAACGCCAUCCAGUGCUACACGGAGGCCAUCGCGCUCUGCCCCGCGGAGCAGAAGACCGACCUGUCCACCUUCUACCAGAACCGAGCCGCCGCCUUCGAGCAGCUGAUGAAAUGGACCGAAGUGGUCCAGGACUGCUGCGAGGCCGUGGCCAUGAACCCGCGUUACGUGAAGGCUCUGUUCAGGAGAGCCAAAGCUCUGGAGAAGCUCGACAACAAGAAGGAAUGUCUAGAAGACGUCACGGCGGUGUGCAUCCUCGAGGCCUUCCAGAACCAGCAGAGCAUGUUGCUGGCAGACAAGGUGCUGAAGCACCUGGGGAAGGAGAAGGCCAAAGACAAGUACAAGAGCCGCGAGCCGAUGAUGCCGUCCCCCCAGUUCAUCAAAUCCUACUUCAGCUCGUUCACCGAUGACAUCAUCUCACAGGCGCUGCAGAAGGGCGAGAAGAAGGACGAGGACAAGGACAAAGAGGGCGAGGCGGCCGAGGUCACCGAGAGCUCCUCCUACCUGAAGGCCCGGCAGUUCAUGGAGGAGGAGAACUACGACAAGAUCAUCAGCGAGUGCUCCAAGGAGGUGGAUUCUGAGGGCCGCUUCACGGCCGAGGCGCUGCUGCUCAGGGCCACCUUCUACCUGCUGAUCGGCAACGCCACGGCGGCGCAGCCCGACCUGGACCGCGUGAUCGACAUGCAGGACGCCAACGUCAAGCUGCGAGCCAACGCUCUGAUCAAGCGGGGCAGCAUGUACAUGCAGCAGCAGCAGCCCAUGCUCUCCACUCAAGAUUUCAACAUGGCUGCCGAGAUUGACACGAGGAACCCCGAUGUGUACCACCACAGAGGUCAGCUGAAGAUCCUGCUGGACCAGGUGGACGAGGCGGUGGGCGACUUCGACGAGUGCAUCCUGCUGCGGCCCGACUCGGCUCUGGCUCAGGCUCAGAAGUGCUUCGCUCUGUACAGACAGGCGUACACGGGGAACAACCCGUCUCAGGUGCAGACGGCCAUGGACGGCUUCGAGGACGUCAUCCGGAGGUUCGCCAAGUGCGCAGAGGGCUACGCGCUUUACGCUCAGGCUCUGACCGACCAGCAGCAGUUUGGGAAAGCGGACGAGAUGUACGACAAGUGCAUUGAGCUGGAACCGGACAACGCUACCACUUACGUCCACAAGGGGCUGUUGCAGCUCCAGUGGAAGCAGGACCUGGACUUGGGUCUGGAGCUCAUCGGCAAGGCCAUCGAGAUCGACAACAAAUGUGACUUCGCCUACGAAACUAUGGGAACCAUCGAGGUUCAAAGGGGGAACCUGGACCGGGCCAUCGACAUGUUCCACAAGGCGAUCAACCUGGCCAAGUCCGAGAUGGAGAUGGCUCAUCUGUACUCGCUGUGCGACGCCGCGUACGCCCAGACGGAAGUGGCGAGGAAGUACGGCCUGAAGCCUCCGACGCUGUGAAGCCCCGCCCCCAACGCCACCGCUGAUUCUGACAUCGUUAAAAUGCAACUUAACUUUUGAUUUCCACAAAGAAUGAGUCCUGGAUGAUGAAAGAAGGAACCCUGAUAUAAUAUAUAUAUAAAUGAAUCGUACGGUGUUGACAUCACAUUGAGGGGUUAUCAUGGAGGAGGUUUUAUUAGAAUAAAGAAGCGUCCUCGAGGCCGCGCGUCCCGUCUAGAUAAAGCUAACCAUGUGAAACGUUUAAUGAACCAAUUACUGACUUUAAAACUUUUCAACCUGUAGAGAAACGCUGUGAGAACUUCACGAGGUUCCAACGGUCACUUACUAAUUUAUGCUGAUCUCGAGUGUUUGAAGCUCCGUCGUGUGUCACCUCCACGUCUCUGAAAGAGUCAACGUGUCGUCCCGUGUGUAACGUCUGUAACGCUGAGUCGAUCACAUGGAUUCUGGGCUGCGGAGGGUAAUUUAGCUUUUUUAAUUCGGGGAUUUCUUUUUAUAUAUAUAUAUUUAUAUAUAUAUACUUUGUGCAUCAUGUUCACUCUGAAUAAAUGUAAAUGCUCGUGCUGUCUUGAAACACUAAGAAAACCCAAAUGAUGAGUGAAAAAAACACUUGAUUAGGAAUUAAAACGCUUGAAUGUCUUUAGUUUUAUUUUAAAUGUUUUUGAAUGGCCCACCAUGUCACGAGGUUUAAUAUUCAGUGGUUUUGUUUCUCUAGCUCGCGCCAACUGAUAGACAUGAUUUGUUUUUUUAUUUUGUUGUAAAAUGUUUAUUUUUCAUGCAUCAUUUCAUCACCUGACAGAGUAUCACUGGUUUUAUUUUGUUUGUCCUUUUCCAGAUGUGUGUUCUCCUAUAAAACGAGCCUUUUUGUUGGCGACCUUCGGCCAGCUGAGGAUGAACGGUCCUUUGUUUACAAUUAGUAUAGGAAGCUGAAUGUCUGCAGCGUUAACCAGAAACUAGUUUAUCUACAAACAUCCACCAAGCACGAGCUGUUCAAGAGAAAUGACACUUCAUCUACGGUAUUUAUGGUGACCAAAGUGAACGAGAAUCCCCAAUAAAGAUAAUUCCUGGAAUGAA